CACAUUUUGCUUUGUGGAAAUAUUUGCCAAAUACCUUAUCAUUUGAAAAAGGCUCAAGCUGUAAAGCAUGUUUAUCUCUGCUAGCUUCUCUCUAUCACGUAAAUGAACUAUUUCUCAAGUGAUAAACACAUCCUGUCAUGAAAGAAUGUUAGAUCAUCAGUGUUAACUUUCUUAAAAACUGUCCACAGCUCUGCCGUCCCAUAGAUAAAUAGUGCUUUAAGGAUUCUGAUGCAUUUAGUCAGUAAAAUAUUUUCAGACGCUUAAUAUGGUCUUAAGCUCUUCAGUACGUUUUAAAUGUAAUGUUAUGUACUUAGACUCCCCCCCCCCCCCCCCCCAUAUAUUACGAAUAAUAAUUUUAUGGAAUAUAAAUGGAACUUUGUUGUGACACAGCGCUAAUGUUUGCUUUAUGAAACCAAAAAUGUAAUUCCUAUAUAAACUAGUUUUGUCACUCAUCCUUGUGAACUCCUAUAAAAUAAUUGUUGCAACGUCAUUCUUUAGAAGUUCAAAUAAUGUCAUCUCAUUGAUCUUAAGGUACCGGUAAUAGUAUAUGUGUUAUAUUUUUUAAAUCUGUCAGUGUUAAUAUUGAUUUACUGAAAACGUAUGCUUAUAAUAGUAAAAUGGUGAUGAGUGUUUCAGAGUUGGGGGUUUUGAGUCUGUCACAGGUGAUGAAUGGUAGUUAAACUGUUGGCAACGAAUGAGACAUUUUUGAAUUUCUGGUGAGUGCACACUCAUUUCAAGCUGUCAGUCAGUGUGGGCACCUUUAACAGACUGCUGUGGUAAAAUAAAUAAAACGUUUGUCCUCAACUCCUUUACACAUUACUCAGAUACAUUGUGAAUGAUAUGGCUGUUCCACAGAUUGGCUUGAAAGUUUAAAUGGCGAAUACCAUCCAGAAAUGAGGCUUGAGUUUGAAGAAGGUUAUUUAUGACUCUCCUGAUUUGUGGAUUCAUUCUCUUGCUACGUUAGUACUAAAAUGUAUUAACUUCGUGCACAAAACUGUUAUUUCUAAGCUUUUGAAAGGCUUAAGAAUAGAUGUAUAAAUAAGUAGUAAUACAAGCCCAGAGAGUCUAGGACCAUUUUCAGGCCCUCUGUGCAAUGUGCUUAGAUAGAAGUUGUUAUAGCACAGUACAAUAGCUGUUUUCUUAAAUUAUCUGGGAUGAAAGUUUUCAGCUACCUGGUCAUUUCAUACUUCAGUUAAUUUGAUAUUGAUUUAGUAUUUUUUUUUCUCUAAAUUUAGGCUUUCUCUUGUCCUAAAAAUGUGUGAUCAGAACAUCAAAUUGUUAAUGUCACAAAACUCAUGACAAACCUUUAAUUCGUCUAAUGAGCCUUAUAAUUUGCUUUUUUCCCCUUCAUAAUAAGUCUGGUUUUCCUUUAAAAAAAAAAGUACAAAAUUACACUUUUUUUAAGUCCUUGAUUAGAUCCAUUGUACUUCCGGAUGUGUGUCAUAUUUGGAACCUGUGUGUGCCAGAUUCUCAGUACAAUCAGCUUGUUAUGUAAACCACUACUUUCAUCCCUGAUUUAUUAUGCAUAUAUUGGUAUUGUUUUUAAAGUUCAGUCAUACAUCGGUAACUGUGUUUUCCAAGAACCAUGGCAACUAUAUUUUUAUUUAUUUAUUUAUGUAUGUAUGUAAUAUUCAUAAGUUCACUUAUAUAUGUAUUUCCCUUUUACAUCAAUAUAGAUAGAUUGAUGGAUGUGAGUGUCGGCUUGGAGUUAAUUGGCAUUUUUAGACCGUGAAAUCUUGUCGUGUUCGGCUUGGGGUUGUCUUGCGUAUGACCCCAUCAUGAUGCAGACAAUUCACUUUACCCGAAGCCGAUCUGAAGAAGUUCCGCUUUUGUACGUGAGCUCAAUAAAUCGGAUAUUUUGAUCAUUUUAUUUAAAAGCAUAGGUCUGCGAUGUAUUUAUUAGGCUGCUGCAUCAAUGGUAUUCAUUUUAUUUUAUUUUUUCAAAUAGUUUGACACAGUUGGGACUACCCUGGAGAAUUUUUUAUAUGCCGUAUAUAGUUUUAUGUACGAUUUAUAAUUGAGUGUUUAAAGUUGUGGAUGAACAUACGCUAAAUACAAUACAGCACAUUCCUUUCUUAAAGUAAGUUAGCUUUCAUUUAUCUGCAUACAGGAUCUUUUUCAGUUUCAUAUGGUUUGAUAAUGUUAUUUAAAAGCAUAGGCAUGCAAUAUAUUUAUUACCCCCCCCCGAGAAUAAGUCAUGAGAAUAAAUCAUGAGGGGAUGAAAACUCGGAUCGGUAAUUCAAAUAAUUUUGUGAACUUUAAUUGGAAUACCAUUCAUUACACAUUACACAUCGCAGUAACAUUCCUAUUUUUGUUUUCCAAAAUAUUAUGAACUAUAAUUUAUACUUUUACCAUCUGAAAAGUUGUGGGCUCAAGUUCACUCGUGGGUAAAGUAUUAUUUACAGCUUUCUGUCCAAGUCCUUUAGUUCUUAAGUGUUGCCAGUAGUGAAGAAGUUCCCAGAGAAGGGAUUGCUUAACUGUUUAAUGAUGUGACAUGUUUCAGAACAAGUUAUGCUGUUGUUGAAAACAGAUGUUAUUUAUUUUGUAUUUAGUUUACAGUAAACUCCCUUUUUGUGCUCUUAUAAGCUGCAUUCUAAGGUAUAUCGAACCAUAAUUGGCUCCAGUAAGUUAUUUUUACAUCAUGAAAAGGAGAAAAAAAGAGAGUUGUGUAAUGUUUUUUUUUAUAUAUUAUUUAUUAUGUUGUAUGUUUAUGUAUUUAUUUAUUUAUUUUGUAUAAAGGGGAGAGGGGCAAGAUAUAUCUCUCACCACGAUAUCCGCUUUCUCAUUACACCAAUGCUGGUAGAUCUCACCCCAGAUAUGCAUAUUUAAGUCUUGUUUGAGUCGUAUCAUGCUGUGUUGAUACUUCAUCAUCUCACACCCCCACCAGAGCCAGGCUGCAACUCCACAAAUAGAGAUAUACACAGUUGAAUGUACUGUAUCUGUCCCUGUUCGGAAUACACAUAGCCAAAAUAGUAUUGUUCUAGGUGUGUAAUAAACUAUUGGCAUAAUUACUGGCCAUGUACUUAUAAGUAUCUCCAAAUUAUUUUUUUAUCAGAUUGUGGGGUAAUAAGGAUUACAUGCAGUAAAUUAAAAAAAUAAAACAGUUUGUCUAUACUAUGCAUUGCACUGUUUAAUACAUAUUUCCAUAUGUCCUAUCAUCAGUUUACUGGUAGGAUUUCGCAUGUUCAAACAAGAGACACAAAACUUUGUAUGAAAUGGGAAUACGUUUCAGGCACUAGGACCCGGUUACAGCUCCCUUUUUAUCCUUAGUUUUCCCUGGCACCCUGUAAUAUUAAUAAACAGUCCGGUAACAAACUGAGGAAUCCUCAAUCUGAAUGUGGAACGCAACGUCACUUGGUUGGAGGCAAGCACGUGGUAAAAGGAGUCUUUAUAAAUCUCACUCCCCUGCCCUUGCUAGACCGUGAUGUUAUCUGCUAGCAAAGUUUCUUUGGAUCUAGAAAUAAUCUCAGAGAGGAGCAGAGGGGAUAGAUGAGAGUAAUAACGGUCUGAAGUUGAGCUGAAGAAAAGGGGCAGGUUUAUACAUUUUCAACAAUUCUGAAGAAAAUUAACGUACCAAAGUGUCAAUACAUUGUCUCCAUGUAUAGCAAAUGGAAACAAUCUGACUGCAAAGUUUGAAAGACGGAAUCGUGAGAGGUGGAGCACCGAGACUGAAACGAUUUCAAUUUUUUUGACAAAACUUGAUGCAGUGGAGGUGUGUGCAGCCUGCAGGGUACCAGUCGGUUCUGCCACAGAGGACUACGUUUACAUUUGCUGUUGAAAACUGUACAGCACCUACUUGCAAUAUUGCUUUUUUUAGUAUUUAUUUUACGGCGACUUUUAUUUUGGCAUUUCUUUUUUGAGCGCUGACAGCAAAUUUGUCAAACUAUUUGGACUACGAUUUUAGGAAGCUGUUUUGUAAAUGCAUUAAUUCAAUGGAAUAUAAAUAAACAACGAUCUUUUAAACUGAUGGAAAAGGUAGCACAUUGAUCUCUUUAUAACCCAUGUAUAUAUAUUUAUGUAGCGGUUGACAUACGUUAUAUAUUUUUUUCAUAAUUUUACUGAUAUACAGACGCUUCGGUCGCCUUUUGAAAGCACAAGGGUUAAACGUUAGAUUUAAGGAUGAACUACUAUAUUUUGAGCAUUUUCCUAACGCUGGAUUUAGCCACGGUGGCUAUCAGCCUGUCUACCUGCAGUACCCUGGACAUGGACCAGUUCAUGAAGAAGCGGAUCGAGGCAAUAAGGGGGCAGAUCCUGAGCAAAUUGAAGCUCACUAGCCCACCUGAACACUACCCUGAUCCCGAGGAAGUGUCUCAGGAGGUUGUCGCCAUCUAUAACAGCACCAGAGACCUGCUGCUGGAGAAAGCCAACGAGAGGGCUGCGACUUGCGAAAGGGAAAGGAGCGAGGAGGAGUAUUAUGCUAAGGAGGUUUACAAGAUAGACAUGUUUCCCCUUUAUUCAUCUGAAAAUUACAUCUCUGCAAAUUAUUACAAUCCUUACUUCAGGCGCCUCAAGUUUGAUGUUUCAUCAAUGGAGAAAAACGCAUCAAAUUUGGUGAAGGCAGAACUUAGAGUUUUUCGAUUACAAAAUCCAAAGGCAAGAGUUUCUGAACAGCGAAUUGAACUUUAUCAGAUUGUUGGCCACAAAGAGCUAACGUCACCGACCCAGCGCUAUAUUGACAGUAAGGUAGUGAGAACAAGAGCGGAAGGGGAAUGGCUGUCUUUUGAUGUUACAGAAGCUGUGAGUGAAUGGCUUCUUCACAGAGAUAGAAACAAUGGAUUCAAGAUAAGCUUGCACUGCCCGUGUUGUACAUUUGUACCUUCAAACAAUUACAUCAUACCAAAUAAGAGUGAAGAACUAGAGGCAAGAUUUGCAGGAAUUGACGAUAACUAUAGCAGUAAGAAGAGGAAAUUCAAUGGGAAAACUCCUCAUCUCUUACUGAUGCUGCUGCCAUCCUAUAGACUUGAGUCUCAGCAAAGUGGCCGAAGGAAGAAACGUGCCUUAGAUGCUGCAUAUUGUUCUAGGAAUGUACAGGACAACUGCUGCUUACGCCCAUUAUAUAUCGACUUUAAGAGGGAUCUUGGUUGGAAAUGGAUUCACGAACCCAAAGGAUAUAAUGCCAAUUUCUGUGCAGGGGCCUGUCCAUAUUUAUGGAGUGCAGAUACUCAACAUAGCAAGGUGCUCAGUUUGUAUAACACGAUAAAUCCUGAAGCCUCUGCCUCUCCAUGCUGUGUAUCUCAAGAUUUAGAACCUCUUACUAUCCUGUAUUAUAUCGGAAAAACUCCCAAAAUCGAACAGUUGUCAAAUAUGAUCGUCAAGUCUUGCAAGUGCAGUUAAAACUUUUGAAAAUCCUGGGUACAUCAAUGUUAAAAAAGAAAAAAAUCACAACACAUGGUACUAGUCUGUUUGGAAGAAUCUUUACAAUCAACAGGAGCAAAGCAUUUCGAAGGCAUUAAUUCCUAUGCUUCACCUACUAUGUUAGUGAGAUAGAGGAGAAACAGAACCUUGUAAACACUGGAAGAAUUUGUAAGUGUUAAUAUGUGAAAUAAAUGGAAGAAUCCCAUGUUCCUGAAAAGCGCUGUGUAGGUGUCACACCUAAUCUAAUCUCUCUCUGUAUUGUUAUGCAAUUGGCAUCCUAGGAACUCCUUACAACACAAGCCAUUUGUAUUUGUUAUUUUUAUGUAAUACAUUCACUUUAGGAUUUGAAUGACUGAAUGGGUUACUAAAAUGCUUGGCUAUUGACCCUAAUGCCAGUUCCCAAGUGUUUCCAAGCUGUCUUUUUAAAAUGCAGUGAAACAUGUAAUAUACUGAACUACAUCUGUUUAAAAGUCCAACUUCUCUUAUAGUACAUUAUGGUUGAUGAUAAGAUAAUAAUAAAAAUAAGGCAAAUUGUUUGGUCUAGAAAACAGUCCGCUAUACCAGGAAUUUAGAUUUUUAUUAUAAUAAAUGUGUAGAAUUUUAACUUUUCUUGUAUUUGUGGACUCCAGUUAUCCCCCAUGUUAUUUGUUACACUGUGGAGCAGAGCUUCAAACUUUAAAAGUACUUAAUGUUUAUGUCCCCUCUGUAUGAAUGUCAUUGUGUAAAUCAAAAACUUACUACUGCAACUACCCCUAUUACACGCCUCGUAGAUCAGGGGUGGGCAAUCCUGGUCCUGGAGGGCCGGUCCCUCCUGGUUUUUGUUCUAACUGUGCCCUAAAUUACUUAAUUAGAACAAUAAUCGGUAAUAAUUGGUCCAAAUAAGUAAUUUAGUACAGUUGGAACAAAAACCAGGAGGGACACCGGCCCUCCAGGAGCAGGAUUGGACACCUUUAUCAUAGAUGUUCUGUAAGAUCUCUGUGGAAAAACAUAUUAUAGUCAAAACUGCAUAGACUGUAAAUGCUGGAAUCUGUGGCCAUUCCUGAAGGGCUUGUUUCAAAUCAUUAUGAAUGCAACAGAGUAACAUGCCUUAAAUCGACAGUGGAGUUCAGGGCAGGAGACUGAAUGGCCCGUUCAGGUACAAGGACACAGUACCAUGCUCUUCAAACCAGCCAUUCACACAUGCAGCUAAGUGGACUGGAUCAUUAUUAUGCUGAAAAACUGCAGCAUGACAGCAGGUCCUAUUUAAAGGCUAGGGGGUGUUUGGUAGUUGAGAGAGGCAAAAUUGGAUUAAACAAAGGGGGUCAAUUGCAGCGUACCAAAUUUAGUCCACUUAAUGUAUCUAACUAGUGGAUUAUGCAGGUUUAGUACACUUGAUUGGACUAAAGUUAGUACACCUUGUAGUCCUGAUUGCAGCGUACCAGAAAUUAAUCAUCAUAGAUUGAUCAUCUGCUAAAUCAGACUAAACAAGAUCCUUAUUGCAGCGUACCAAAUCAGAUUCCUGAUGAUCCUGUUCAAGUGGAUUAAUUUAGUACUGUGAACGAUAAGACUAAGUUAGUAUGCUUGCUCACCCUAAGCAUUUCCAGACAGCUGCAUUUUCACUUGAAAUGACUAGUACAUCUGAAAACUUUUUUCCGCACAUUUCUUAUGCCCGUUACAUUCAGGUUGUCAGAUCCGUGAGAACAAAGUAUCGAACAAUAAGUCAAUAUAUAUAUAUAGACCCUACAUUUAAAAUACACUUAUUGUGCAUGUACCUUUGAUACCGUUUUCAGUUUUAUACAAUCAAAUGUCAGUUAAUAUGCUUUAACUAUAAACAACAAAUUGUCCAUUAUCACGCAAUUAAACUGUUCUGUGCCUAUGCAGCAAUGUUGGCAGCUUAAAAUGACCUGCCAGUUUGAAAUGUGCACAAAAAGACAUUAGAUUUAUUUUUACUUAAAUAUGUUUGCGUGAAUCACACUGGUGUAAUAAAAAUGUGUCUUUCUUUUUGUACAGGGAUCCCUUUAUAUAUUUAUGACAUUGAAUUCUGCAUAUCAGAUUAGUAGAGAAGGGUUUAUACAACUAUGGCCAAAAGUUUUGCAUAACCUAGGAUUUUAGGAUUUAGACAUAAUUUAGAUAUUUUAAUAAGCCUUAAUAGUAGUACAGUAUUUCAUGCUAGCUUUCGAAAUGUCAUAUUUUAUUUAUUUUUGUCAGAUUUUCAUGAAGUAUAUAAAAAACUACAAAGCUGUAUGUAAUUUAAUAUAUGAAUGUAACAUUAUUCAGCAGGUUUCAUUCGACUAUGAAGCAAAAUUAGAUAAUUCUAUAGAGUGCUGCAAAACUUUUGGCCACAGUUGUAGGUUAGUCCUCAUUAUCGGUCUAACCUGUUCCGAUCAGUUAAACCAAUUACGGGAUAUAUGUUUAGUACGCUGAAAUCAGGAUUAAGUUAAUACAGAUUUGCAGUAUUUUCUUGUCUGCUUUUAGUCCACUUGAUGUGGACUAAAUCACUUGUACGCUGCAAUUGACCCAGGAAGUUUAACAACCUUUAGUAGUUUUAAAAGCAGCGGUGUAACUUGUAAGUGGAUGCGGUAUAGUAUUGUAGAAGUAUAUAUAUUCUGCUGUGAUUGUGAAACAGCUAUUUACAAAUUGUGAUCUGAAUAUAAAUGCUGAUACAAAGAUCCAAUUGAGAAAUAUUUUAAGAAGGAAGCAACGGUUGAUAUAAAUAUCCAGAACUAAUUGUUAUAAAACAAAGAAAAGGCCAACGUACUACUUUAGUACUAAAGGGCAUAAACCUGACCCCAUAAUAUUGAAGGUUGGUUGAUGUUCAGUGUGGACAAAGCCUGUCAGUAUAUGCAGUUCCAACUAUCCGAGGGAUCAUUUAGGCUGUAUGUGUUAAACAAAUAACUCCAAAAGAAUAGCAGACUCGGAGGAAAUGUUUCUAUAAACCCCUAAAGAAAACUCCUUUUUGCAUCUCCUAUACUUUUCAACAUGUCACACAGGCUUUUUUUGUUUUGUUUUACUUCUUGUCUAUCGGGGUCCUGGAAUGCAACACCUUCACGUUUCAUUAUGUAAUACCUUUGUGUAUAGAAUCAUAAAGGGUUAGAAACCUGACAAAUGGCACUAAAAGGACAUUUCUUUGAUCUGGUCUCUUGUUUAGAUUGAGAUGGAUGCCACACUUGUAGAACUAUACUUGAUUGCGCUGGACGCAGCCAACUGUUGUACACUUUGAUUGCUUUCUCUUUGUAUAGUGCUUCUCUUUGUAUAGUGCUUCUCUUUGUUUGUUUGAGUGCCUUCCUUUGUCAUUGUUCUUCCUCAUUAGGAUAACGUACUUUCUUUCACAGAAUUGCACUGAUAGUAUUGUAAUGCUUUUUUCCUCCGUAAGUUUAAAAAAAACUUGUUUUUGUUUUGUUUUUUAUUAAUAGGCAUUUAUUAUUUUCCCUUAGUAAACAAUGGACAUGGAGAAAUACAGCACUUAGAAGGGAGGGUUGGGGGUAACAUUAUUUCCUUCUAUCAACAAUAAAGUCAUAUGGGCAGCAUGGAAUUGAACCGUUAAAUGAAAACAGCAUUGUUAUGUUUUGUUGACCCAUUGCAAUGUAUUUUAACACAUGGUAUGUUUGUUGUGGUGCUCUAGUGGUAAAUAAAUUAUUUAAAUUACAAUGACUGCAUCAAUCAUCUUAUUUGAAUAUAAAAAUGCUCAUUUUCUGUGUUGGUAUAAUUAUCAGUACCAAAAGU